AUGGCUGAUAGAUGCAGUUUGAAGGAGCGUUUGCAAGAAAGUACGGAAGAUCUGGAAGCAACUGUCAAAAUGAUAGUUGCAUUUGUUCUGGACAGGAAUCGAAGCUGUGGAUCACUAACAUCUCUUUGUAAAUCGUUCCGCAAGAAACAUAGUGAAUUAACAAAACUACUUGCCAAAGUGCCUGCUCAUCAGCAAAGAGAGCGAGAGAUCCGAAGAUUGGAAGCAGAAGUUGAAGCACGGGAUAAAGUUCUUGGAGAUUUGCAAAAGCAAUUGAUGGCUGCGGAGAAGCUCAUUACUAAGAUGGUUUUUCAGGCUGAUAAAAAGGUAAAGGAAAUGCAUCAGUCAGAAGCAAACAGAGUAAACAGUGAAACGGUCAUUCGUUUCGCCAAUCAGAUCAGUAGAACAUAUGCCGUCGCAGCGCCACUUGGUUGGCAACUAGGCGAUACAUCUCGUCCAUAUCCUACUGAGGCAGAAUUACGUUUAUCGGCAUUGGCUGCUCCACGUGUAAUAGUUCAGGCAGCUCCUCCAGCAUUAUCUUUGCUUCGUCAACCUACUGUCAGUACUAGUGGAAUGUUGCGUGGUAGCGGACGUGGUGCAUCACCAAUGACGUCGUAUUCGGUAGCUAUGCAACAGCAACAAAGAUCAUGGAGUCCACGCAGCGCAUUCGUUCAACAAUCAUCUUCAUCACCUCGAGGUAGAAGUGCGGCAGGCCGCGGUAGCAUCAUAUCGCCGCGCAUUAACGCUGCACCAGGUGCAAGCAUGUUGCAGCGACGUCCAUCUAUGACGGGAAGUAGUUCGCAUUUAUCCAGUCCCUCAUCAUCCUAUCAAGGUCCCAUCAGAGGAAGACUUCCACCGCCAGUGACAAAUGUUGAACAGAUGAGCUCUGACUCAAGCAGUAGUUCGAGCAGUGAUGAGGGUAGCCCAUCUUAA